AUGACUAUCUUGGACAAGUUCUCGCAUCGGGUACAGACAUCGUCGUUGAAUAUCCUCCAAAGACUUCCUAGGCCCUGCAAUGUCUUCUCGGAGCACCUGGUACAGGAGGCACAGCCAGAAGCGGUUGCUCAAAUACCAGAGGGCGAAGAGAAGGAAUGCCUUGGACACGAGCUGGAGGAUAAUGAAGAGGAAUGGGCAAUUCACCGGGAUGGCGGAGCGUGUAAUAUAGAGGCAGUUACCUGCAACUUCCACUGUCAGCACCACGAAGAACUCAGACAAGCACUCCAGCGACAGAUCAACCAAGGCAAGGAGAGGGUCGAAGGGUGCUAUCAGAGACUGCCCUUUGAAGAGUUGGAGAGCGAGCACUUCCCGGGUGGAAGCGGAGAAGCCUUGGAGACUCUCAACUUCCACAACUCCGUCAUCGCCCGCCGCUACCUGGUCACGAUGAUAUUUUACCCCAACCCUUAUCCUAUGUGGUGUGAACCCGAAGAUGGCCACUUUCAAUACAUCCGCUCUCUGCAGUGGCGUCGGGACGCACUGGUUGAUUUCUCGGUGGAAAGAUGGGUUGCUGAUUUGGCUGAAGAGCAUCAUCUCUUUGACCAGCCUGAGCGGGACUUGCCAAGAGAAGGAAUGGAAUAUGGCUGCGAUUUGAAGGGUGUUCUCGCCAAGAUUGUGGAAAGGACCCACGAGCAUGAUCCCCGCCAGAAGAAACCACAAAAGCCGAAACCAUACGUGCGGACAGAAGAGGAGUGGAAUGAGUGGAUUGAAAAGACAAAUAGGGAAUAUUGUCUUGAUACUAGCCGUGACGAGGAGGAGGCUGCUAGACAACUUGAAUGGGCCGAAGAAUCAGUCGAUUUUGUGCUAGAUGAAACUCCCUGGUAGAGGCCCGAUGGCUUUUGGAGUCCUGAACACACACCUUGGAUAACAUGUUGAAUGCAUUCUUUGCGUUUACUCUUUCUGGCAUAUUAUACAUUACAACCUCACUUUGCUGUUUUGCUACGAUUGAGCUCUGGCUUAGGGGCUUUGGCCCUUUUUUUUUUCUUUCCCUGACAGGGUGUUUUUGAAGGAUUCCAAGUUGUUCAAGGUUUGACAGCAUUUUUUAACGUUUUUGUUUCAAACUAUUGGGUGAAGAUUUUCUCGAGUUACCAAUAAACAUCCUG